AUGCUGGCGCUCAUCUCCCGCCUGCUGGACUGGUUCCGCUCGCUCUUCUGGAAGGAGGAGAUGGAGCUGACGCUCGUGGGGCUGCAGUACUCGGGCAAGACCACCUUCGUCAAUGUCAUCGCGUCAGGGCAGUUCAGCGAGGACAUGAUCCCCACCGUGGGCUUCAACAUGAGGAAGGUGACCAAAGGCAACGUCACCAUAAAGAUCUGGGACAUAGGCGGGCAGCCGCGGUUCCGGAGCAUGUGGGAGCGGUACUGCCGAGGGGUCAAUGCCAUCGUUUACAUGAUAGAUGCUGCCGAUCGCGAGAAGAUAGAAGCCUCCCGCAACGAACUCCAUAACCUUCUAGAUAAGCCACAGCUGCAGGGAAUCCCCGUGCUCGUCCUUGGAAACAAGAGGGAUCUUCCUAACGCGCUGGACGAGAAACAGCUCAUUGAGAAGAUGAACCUGUCUGCUAUUCAGGAUAGAGAAAUUUGCUGCUACUCAAUUUCUUGCAAAGAAAAGGAUAAUAUAGAUAUCACACUUCAGUGGCUUAUUCAACAUUCAAAGUCCAGAAGAAGCUGA